AGGAAGCAGAUCGUAUUGCUAAUUGAGAUUACGAUUUGCCGUGAAACUAUUCAUAAUAAUUAUUUAUUUACAAUGGGACAAAUGACGGCGAUGGUUGUGCUUUUGGCGGCGACCGCCCUCUGCCGAGCGAAAGCUCUCGUCGACCCCGAAGCACCCUUACCUGAUUUCUUCAAGAUUUGCAAGAGAAACGACCCCAAUUUGAACGAAUGCAUAAAGGAAUCAAUGAAAAGUAUCUUGCCUGCUAUCAAAGACGGUUACAAACCCCUGGAGAUACCCCCAAUAGACCCUCUAUCGACCCCCAAAUUCCACGUCAACCACAACAUCGGCAACAUCAAGGGCAAUGUACAGGGAAAAGACAACAAAGUCUUCGGGAGCAGCAAUUGCGAAAUCAAAGAAGUCAGAGCAACUGUGACCGAUGACAGUUUAGAAAUGGAAAUCGACCUGAUGUUCGACAAUUUGAUUUUUGAAGGAAAUUAUAAAUUUGAUGGAGGCGUCAACCUGUUCCAAAUACACACGAAAGGAUUCUUCAACAUCAGCAUGGAGGGUGUAAGUACAACUUGGGCUGUGAAAGGUGAACUUGAAGAACGUGAUGGUGAAAAGUAUAUGGUUAUUAAGGAAGCCGAUAUGUCGCCAGUUCCUUCAAAUGUUAAUAUUUAUGCCACAAAUAUUUUCCCUGAUAAAGCAGUCAAUGACGCUUUCCUAGUGACCAUGAAUCAAAACUGGCGCUCUUUAUACAAAGAGGCGCUCCCAAUAUUGAGCACCCUCUGGGGACCCCCAAUCAAAACAGGAAUGAACUAUGUUUUUGAAAAAAUACCAUUCCGACGUCUGUUCCCAGAAUCUUAAAUAAAAACUGAUAGUGCAAACUGAAUGCUUAGAAACAAAUAUGUGAUUGUAAUGAUAGUUAUUAGAACAGGAUAUAAUAUGUUAGAAUAGUGGUUAAUAUAUUAUGAAUAUAUAAAUUUUUACAGAUAUUAAUAUAAGUAUAUGUUGAUGUUAACAACUUAAUAUAAAUUUUGUAUUUAUAUUUAUUUUGUUAUAUACCUGUAAAAAUCAUUGAGGUUGGUUCUAGAGAAAUAUUUUAUAUAUUGUUUUACAUAAGGACGAUUAAUUUUUUGUUAAAUCAACUUCAACAUAUUAUAAAUGACAAAACUGCUUAAAAUUUACCUCAAUGGUAAAUAUAUAAUACAUAACUUGUAUUAGGUAUUCAUAGUAUUUAAGAUCCAAAGAAAAAACCUUUAUCAAUUUUUAUCUCGAUAAAAUUAUUAUAUAAAAAUAUAAAAACUAUUAUAUUUAAUCACGAAACUCUAUACUUAUUAUCUUAUCUUAAUUUACUUUAUAAUUUAAUCAAUUUUAAAAUUAAUGUUCAAGUAUUAAAUUGAAAUAAAUACUUUGGUUUUAUAAAUGUCUUCAAAAUUUACAAAUUUAAUUAUAUGA